AUGACCCCUUCACUGGUUUCCCCAGCACGGGCGUGCGCACUUUCCCCCAUCUUUGCCCACUCUAUGAAUGACAUCAGAAGAGGAUGUCUUUCAAUCACCCGGACAAGAACAAAAGAUUGCCGCUUUUUCUCGUCGUCUCGCCCUGUUCAAACAUCAGCAGCAACACGAUUUCAGCCUGCGAACCGGUUGACUGGUCGCACAUGUAUGGUCACCGGUGGAUCAUCCGGGAUUGGCUACGCCAUCGCAGAGCGGUUUCUACAAGAAGGCGCAUCAUCUAUCAUUCUCGUCGGCCGAUCACAGAAACGUUUACAGGAUGCGGCCGAUAAUCUCAAUGCCUCUACGGGUAUCUCCACUGGUGCUACCAUCACUACAGGGGAGCUCAAUGUUGGAAAGGAUGCACCGAGUCGGAUUCGUCUCCUUGUUGGUGAUAUCGGAGAAGCAGCCUCGUGGAUGCGUGAGCUGGAGAAGGAAAUGGCCACAGUAGAUAUCCUCGUCAACGCCGCAGGGAUCUCCAUUUCAAGUAUUCUCCCCAGAUCCGAACUGGCAGACAUCUCCCAGAUUCUACGCACAAACCUCGAAGGCGCAGUGCUCACUUCCCGCGCUCUAAUCCGUGCUGCGAUUCGCAGCCGGUGUAUAAUCAACGUUUCCUCAUUACUGGCAUUGAAGGCUGGUACCGGUGCUGUGCCGUACGCUGCAUCCAAGGCCGGCGUGCUAGGCUUGACUCGCUCUGUGGCCGUGGAGGCGGCAGCCUCGCUGAAGGAUUUGGCCAUUCGGUCAAACGCCAUUGUGCCAGGAUACAUCGAGACGCCCAUGAUUGCAGACUUUACACCUGGCGAAAUUACCCGCUUAAAGGACACGAUACCCCUACAUCGAUUCGGAGAUCCACGAGAGGUGGCAGAUGCGGCGGUCUUCCUUGCACAGAAUGAGUAUGCCAAUAACUGCGUGCUCAACAUCGAUGGCGGUCUCAGUGCUGUCUAG